AAAACAAUAAAUUAAAUAAAUAAUAAAUUUUAUUACUUAUUUGGCAGUCAUUCAGUAAACACCAAUAAAAAUGGCCACAACUAAAUUAAUAUUUUGUUGCAUACUAUUUUUUACGCUAACAAAAACUUUAGCCAUACCUCGGCCUGAUAAUUCCCAGCAUACAAAUGAAGAACAUCCACCUCUGACACCUAAAGAACAUCUAUUUAUGUUUACCAUCGAUGGUUUUAGUAAUUUGACAGCUUUUUAUGUCAACAGAGCUGCCAAUAUCAGUGAAUAUAUAUUAAAGGAUGCCACUCUAACGACAACAGCUGCUGAUAAUGUUGCCGUACAGGAAUUUAAAAAGAAUUUAACGGAUUUUUUAAAUAAGUACCAGACACAUAAAGAAUUUGAAGAUUUAUACGUGCUGGUGGAAGAAUAUUCAAAUACUACCUCGGAUUAUUAUGAAAUGGCGCCAGAACAACUGACUGCAGACAAAACAAUUAUUGUGAAUAUUCUGAGGAAAUAUGGUUCCGAACAAUUGGAUAAAGAGUUUAAAGAGCGCUAUGACAGAUUCGCUAAAGACUUUGGUGAGGAAUUUAAGAAAGUACAGAUCCAUUUGGAAAGGAAAAUGUUAGAUUGGUUUGAUCAAUUCAAGGGAAUAACCGAUAUGAAUGAGAGAACAGUGGCUUUUGAUAAAUUUUUUAUGCUUUAUUUGUAGUUUGAUUUUGUGUACUCUAAGAAAUAUUAUUAUCGACUAAAGACCAAUAAUAUUUUUCUAUUUUUUAAAAAAAUUGUUUUUGUUUUGGGCAUACAACAUUUAUGUUUAUACACCGAAAUAUGUUGGGUAUAUUGAUUUUGUCAUUCCAUUUAAAAUAUACAUUUUUACC